UUCAGGUUCAUUGCAGACUUCCCUCACCGCCGUUAUCUUUUGAUGGAGAGAAUGAACAUGAGCGAAGAGGAGGAGCAAUGCAAAAGAAACCAAGAGGCAUUCAAGAGAUUCUUCGAGCAAAUCCCCAGGACUGCGGUGAUAGGCAUGCUUUCCUUCUUCCUCCACGGCCAGAUGAGUAAGUUCGAGAAAGCUCCAAGCAAGCCUCUUUCCAAUGCUUUCGCCUUCGCCUCCGUGGGCUACGUUGUGUUGCAGGUCGCACACGGCUUUGCUCGAGCUAAUCGUCCUUCAUCUUUCGCUUUCGACUUCCUCUCUGUUCUCUGUGGACUUGCAUCCGUUGCCAUUCUCUUCACUGCCAUCUUCAACGACUGAGUCAACCCCCAAGUGAGUUAGGGUUCUUUUUCUCUAAAUAAAAAUGAAAUAAAAUCUGAGAUUGAUGAUAUGUUUCUUCUAGUUGAGUCAUUCCAGUUUUUUCAUUUCUGUAACGAAUCUAUGGAUUUAUGUUAAAACCCUAAUGUGAAAAACCUUUUGGUUGAUC